CUCAGGUGGCGACUGUCACAGCGUAUCAAAAUCAAAACAAAUGCAAGUAGUAGGGCAGCGCUGCAAUCCCGCAAAACAGUGCGCUCCAAACGUUCGUAAAUAAUACCCGAAAUCCAAGCUAUGUUUGCGGACGUUGACGUGGACGUGUUCAUUAGCAACUAUACAAUCAUCGAUCCGGAAAUCUAUCAACUAUGGGUGGAAGGCUACACAUUCGUGGAAGCGGUCACGUUACUUAAGCAAAAGGGCGGCCUAUUUGCGGACGUGCCGCCGGAGCUGAUCGCGUCGGACGUGCAGGACCACUACCGCACGUACGCAAUGUUGGAAAAGUUUCUGCACGCACCGCCGAAGCUGUCCGAGCAGCCGACGUUCCAGAUCUGCCCGCAGGACCGUUCGCUGCUGAUCGAGCACUACUACUCGCUGGACGAUGCGGUGGCGCGCGAGCUGUUCGGCAAGAAGCUGAACGCGCGCAACCGCAAGGACCUGGACGAGGUGGCGGACAAGACGGGCGUGCGGUUGAAAUCGUGCCGCCGGCAGUUUGACAACGUGAAGCGCAUCUACAAAGCGGUCGAAGAGACGCAGGGCAACCUGGCGUGCAACAUCCGGCAGCAGUUCAUACUGCCGGAGGAGCUGGCCCAGAAGUACGCGGCGGUAGUGUUUAUCGCGUGUCUGCGCUUCGAAACGACCAAGCGGAAGCUGCAAUAUCUUAACUUUAAGGAUUUCUACGAAUGUGGACAGGCGUUGAUGACCUUCUGGACGUACACGUAUCAGCACUCUGGUGCCGAUUAUCUGGACACCGAGAUGGAUAAGGAGUUUCUGCUCGACUUGCGCGAGAUCCGGUACCUGCUGGACAAGGAGAAAGAAAUCAAGCACUUGGUGUCGCUACGGUUGAAACCGACGCUGCUGGAGCGCGCCUACCAGGAGGUGGAGAGCAACUUCCGCUCGUACUACCGGGCGAUCAUUAUGAUCGCCUGCAAUUUGCAUCGUACGCGCGAGCUGCGCAUGCUGUUCGUUGAGCUGACGGAACGGUUGAUAGAACCGUGGAAGCAGAACGGCUGGACGCGGGAGCAGGUGCAGAUGUUUAUGCAGUGCAUGACGCAGUGCGUGCUGGAUUUGGAGGUGCCGCGCGACAACCAGGACAUACGGUGCCUGUGGGACCGGUACAUGCAGGUGAUCAACGUGUGCCUGUUUCGGAUGUAUCACCCGUAAAAGGGCAGCCCGCUGGCAAGGCGCCGAUCUCUUAGGCGCUUGUUGGGGAGGGGGGCAAAAAAUAACGCAAUAGGGAUAGGGAAAGCAUUAGUUUGUGUGUACCGCUUCCAUAGUCUUACCGGCAGAGUUUUAAUAUAUAAAUAAAUUCUUCAUAAUGCGGAUUAAUUCCAGUUACUAUAAAAAAAAAAACAAACUAUUAUAAUCUUGCAGGUUGAAAUUGAUUAUUUCCGGCAUAGCAAAACAUUUCACAAUUAAUAACGGCAUAUAUUUAAAGCUCGAGUAAAAGGGUUUGUUGGGCUUUUCCUUGCGCUUUUGAUUUGAUCAUUUUUAGCUAGUCCUUCUUCCUAUUGGAGCAACUUCGUGCUGUACGGGUCAGCUCGUACAAGUGUUUGGGCCGUAGCAUCUUCCUUUAUCAGGACUGGUGGGGUUCAGAGAGGGAUAUAAAAGAAUGUCUGACCUUUACAUGAAGCCAGAUAGUAAAUUAUUGGAAUCGGGACACCAGCUUGGAUGUAAUAAACGCGAAAUGUGGAGUUGCAUUUGAGUGAUGAUAAUCCAUUUGUUCGAUGCUGAAUGUCCAAAAGGUAAUUAAAAUAA